AUUUCAAUUAUUCAUGAAAAGGGACUAGAUGAAUACCGUUUAUUCCGGUAUUUGGGGACCAAAGCAUUCUGGGACCUACGUGAAAGGAUUGACACUCAACAGGCUGUAAAUUUAAAUCAGGAAUCUGUGAAUGUCAUAGGAGCGGUCUUAAAGGAUUUCAUCGGAAAGUUACAAGGAAGCCUCCUUUGUUGUGAAUUAUAUGAAGACUGGCUUAAUGUUCUUGAUGAAGGUGAUUUGGAUCAAAAGAUUUCUACAAUUCAAAGACUUUUAUUGAAGAUGCCACGACCAAAUCUGAUUCUUUUGAGGCACUUGAUGCAUUUGUUACACGAGAUUAAAAGUCAUUCUUCCAUUUGGUUUGUGAACGCUCAUAUUUUAUCAUUUCGCAUUGCUGAUAGUCUUCUAUGGAAGGAUACUGCUGACUACUCAAUAUCAGAAACAGAUUUCUCAAAAAGGGUUUCCCUUAUAAAACUUCUAAUUGAUUAUUUCCCCAAGAUUUUUAAAGAGGAUACUAGUAAAUUGUAUAAAGAUGUCCAAAGGAGUUUGGAGGACAUCAAGAACUCCUCUGGUGAUAAGUCUCCUGAUAAGGCUGAUGCGGAUAACCAAAUGGAUAUUGGAACAACUUUCUUCUCCAGUACAAUUGAUCAUCCUGUGGAGGAUGAUAACUGAAGAAACUUUUGGAUUGUCCAAGCAACCUUACUUCUCUUCAGUUUCUUACCAAACUAAAUACUUGGAAUCCCCACAAUUUCAUUUGUCUACAU